GCUGGGGCGGGGCCAGCGGCGCCGGAAGUGCCGGCGCGCACACCCUGAGUGGUGGCGCGGACGACGCGUCGGACCAUGGCGACCCGGGCCAAGCGCCCGCGGGUGAGUGGCGGGCGGCCGGCACGGGGCCCACCGCUCCGCUCCGCCCGGAGGUCGCCCGCGCGCGCCGCUGCGCCCCCCGCCCCAGGUCCGGUUCCCCUCUGCAGCUUCCCCUCCCCCACGCAAAGCGCCCCUUCCGCGCGCACGCGCCGUCAUCCCCGCGGGCUCUCCGGGGCGGGGCCUCGUCACUCUGCUCCUGUAUCUCAGGUGUCACGGCCGCGGGCCAGUGGCGAGUCGGAAUCCGACCCAGUGGCGGGCUUCCUGACCUGGUGCCGGCGGGUAGGACUGGAGCUGAGCCCCAAGGUGGCGGUGACCCGGCAGGGCACCGUGUCCGGUUACGGCAUGGUGGCUUGUGAAAGCGUGCUGCCAGGGGAGCUACUGUUCGCGGUGCCGCGGGCAGCGCUGUUGUCGCCACACACCUGCUCCAUCAGGGGCCUGCUGGAGCGAGGUGGGCACGCUGGCGGACGGAGUCACCGAGGCGGGCUCCAGAGCCGCGCCGGGGCGCUCAUCUCUGUGUUUUCUCCAGAGCGAGGCGCGUUGCAGAGCCAGUCGGGCUGGGUGCCGCUGCUGCUGGCGCUGCUCCAUGAGCUGCAGGCGCCAGCCUCACUGUGGAGCCCCUACUUUGCGCUCUGGCCUGAGCUGGGCCACUUGGAGCACCCCAUGUUCUGGCCAGAAGAGGAGCGCCGGCUCCUGCUGCAAGGCACAGGUGUCCCUGAGGCUGUCGAGAAGGAUUUGGCCAACAUUCGCAGCGAGUUCUAUUCCAUCGUGCUUCCCUUCAUGGAAGCCCACCCUGAUCUCUUCUGCCCCAGCGUUCGCUCCCUGGAACUGUACCACCAGCUAGUGGCCCUUGUGAUGGCCUAUAGCUUUCAAGAACCACUGGAGGAAGAGGAAGAUGAAAAGGAGCCGAACUCCCCUUUGAUGGUGCCUGCUGCAGACAUACUAAACCACUUAGCCAAUCACAAUGCCAAUCUAGAGUACUCUGCAGAUUAUCUUCGGAUGGUUGCUACUCAGCCCAUUCCUAAAGGCCAUGAGAUUUUCAACACUUACGGGCAAAUGGCUAAUUGGCAACUUAUUCACAUGUAUGGUUUUGUUGAACCAUAUCCUGGCAACACAGAUGACACAGCGGACAUUCAGAUGGUGACUGUCCGUGAAGCUGCAAUACAGGGAGCCAAAGGUGAAGCUGAAAGGCUCCAAUUAUAUGAGCGCUGGGAUUUCUUAUGCAAACUGGAGAUGGUAGGGGAAGAGGGUGCAUUUGUGAUUGGUCGUAAGGAGGUGCUAACUGAAGAGGAACUGGCUGCCACACUAAAGGUCCUGUGCAUGCCUGCUGAGGAAUUCAGAGAAUUUAAAGACCGAGAUGGAUGGAGAGAAGAUGAAUGGGAAGAAGACAGACUAACAGUCACAAAUAUCCCCAAGCUCAAAGCAUCAUGGAGACGGCUUCUGCGAGACAGUGUUCUGUUGACUCUGCAGACCUAUGCCACAGACUUAAAAACUGAGCAGGAUAUCCUCAGUAAUAAGGAAAUCUAUGCCAAACUCAGCUGGAGGGAAAAACAGGCCUUACAGUUAUCUGAAGUUUGCUCUGGAUGGCAUAUCCUUCAAGGGAUAAACCUGAAGACACCAAGGACAUUCCUAGGCCUCUAUUUAAUUUUGAACCUUUUUGUUCUCCCUACUCAUAAAACUUCCAUCAUUAAAGGUAAGGCAUAAUACCUCCUCAUCUUUAAAAAAAAAAAAAAAAGAGGGUGUUCUAUAAUUCAAUUUGAUCACAGAAGCCUGUUCCAGCAGUUUUCUCCUGUUAAAACAACAAACACUAAACAUUUGUUCAGAUAUGCCAUCUUAGUGGGAAAGUGCUAUCAUUCAGCAAGUAGGAGUUUCCUGGGUUCCAUCUCCAGCACUCCCCCCACAAAAAGGAUGUUUUCCCAGUGGCCCUUGGCUAUUCAAGGCUAGGCUAUCUACUUUCCUCCUCACAGCCCCGGUGGCUGCUGCUACUGAGAAAGGCACAGUGAACUAACAUGCAUGUCAUGAGUUUUAAUGUUUAACUGCAGUCCAGGUACACGUGUAAGAAGUGGGACAGCUAGGGCCCAGGAACUAGAAAGGCUACAAAAUAGAACACAGGGACCAAUACAUUCACAAAACACUUAAGGUCCUUACAAAAGGGACUGCAUUGGUCCUUAAGACUUAUGAAUUGCCCUCUGCACAGCCUAAGGUUUAGUUCCUUUUCCCAGAGUUUGCCCAGUAACAGGAGAGUGACAUAGGAGCUUUAGGCCUGGGCUGGUUUCCCUGCAGAAGAACAUACCUGGGUGGGGCCAGCCUCUAUGUUCUGCAGCAGAACUGAGGGACUGACAUCUGCUUUCCCUGUGGUCUGCUUUUUCAAAACCAAAGCUAUUCUAAAGCUAACAAAAACACAUCUCAAUUGUGAGCCUUUCCAGUAUUCCCUGGCAUAUCAUUCUAUCGCAUCCAUAUUUUUAAGAACUUUUUUUUUUAAAGUACCGUAUUCACAUUAACAAAAAUACAUAAUAUUUAAAACUGGCUUUUACUAUUCUUUGGGACAACAGGAAUAUGCCCUUGAACAAGUGAAUGGCAUUGUUGCCUAUUUAUUAUAAGGUAUCAGUUUAUGUACUUGCCUUGGACAUACUUUGCACAAACCCAAGAAGUUCCAGACAAAAGUUUUCUCUUUCAUAUAUUUACACAAGUUCAAAAUGAUAUUCACAGCAUCUUCUAAAUUUUGGCCAAGAGUCAAAAAAUGCAUUUAAACUUUGGAACGUGCCCACAUAGGAGGCUGACCCCAACAGUAGUUAGGGCAGACACCCAAGAACCAAAGGGCUGGAAAAGUCAGGAAGAACUGAAAGGAUUCUUCAGUUUAUGGACUUGGUGCAGUGGGACCUUGAGGCUGACAACGGAGAUACAGUUCAUCUAACUGGCACCUGUCCCUUCCAUUACUUGCUGAGCCUGCUUCUGUCCCAUGCAGCACUGUGCAACCGACUGGAAUAACCUAAAGAAUGGAAACGAUUACAAGUUUACUUGUGAGGAAAGUUUAGGACUGAUAAUACCUUGUUUUUUUCUUUUUUUGCUUUAGCCAGAGCCGCGUUCAUCAUAGACCCAAGCUAGAGAAAUUAAGUGAUCUCUCCUGUCCCACUGCUAGAUAAUUAAAAAUAACUUUUUACUCACUUUUCAAUUUCUGGGGCACAGUGUACAAAUUCAUGGUUCCAGAACUUAAAUGCUGGAUUUUUAAUCAGCUCAAUGAAGGUAAUAAGAAGACCCCAAGGAUGUGGCCUAUUUACAAUCAACCGUUCCAAGAGAACCCUGGAAAAGGGGAGAAAGGGUCAGUUAAUGCAGAGAUACGUACAAAAGCAUGACCAUGCCUAUUACCUUAUUUCACAACUUCUCCCUGUUAAAUCGGUCAAACUUAUCUUCAUAAAAAAAAGGUGAAUUAACCUACUUACAUAUCUUA